AUGUACGGGAUGGGAGAAUACCAUCCUGUUCAUCUCGGCGAUCUCUACGAUGACGGCCGUUAUCGCAUAGUCCACAAAAUUGGUGCUGGAGAUACAUCUACGAUAUGGCUUGCGCGCGAUUCUUCGAGUUGGAGUUGGGUGGCCCUUAGGAUCCUGAUGGCGGACCAACCGUCGAGUGUCGAGGAGAACAUAGCCAGGUGCCACGACAUUCUGGCCCAACAUGACCAAGACGAAGAUGACCCUCGGUUCAUUACACACACACGCUACUUCCACGGCCGUCAUCUGUGUUUAGUUCUUCCCUUCUCUGGUCCAAAUCUACACUCUGCCCGAAUUUCUCGCGUCCAAGAGUGUGUGAAGUACUUUGGAAAACUACCAACAUCUUGGGAAGAGCCCUUUUACGAUGAAGAGGGGCGACCGACUUCAGAUAAAACUACAGGCGGGCCAAGGGAACUAUCCGAUGAGAUUCACUCGCUGAAGCAAUGGAUCAGCGAUAUUUGGGACGAGCCAACCCAAUUCAAUGAGAAUGAGUCGACACCAGCAAAGCCCUUUAUUGUCCGAGAUGAAGAUGGAUCGCAUGCCAGAAGAGACGACUGGCUGAGCGACGAUAUUUCCUCCAUCGUCAAUUUUGAUCCCCAAGACAUACAUCAUCUGACCGCCAUACAUGACAAUACCAAAAGGCCAUAUCCACAACAUUACGCCAACAGAGUUUGGAAACCAUCUGCAAUCAAGAUCAACGGCACAUACCUUCCAGAAGGUGGAGGAGUGGGAUGGUUCGCCUACCUACCAGGAAAUAGUGAUGUAGAGGAUAACCUUCAAUCCUUGCCCAGAACCUCAACACAGGAAGCUGAUUUGCUAUGA